AUGUACCUCCUUCCCUUGACGCUCUUCCUCACCGCCGCUUUCGGCGUCUCAAUCCCUAGAUCUCCCCUCAUCCCCGGCGCACAAAUCGUCCCCGCAUCCAGCACAGCAGAUCUACGAGCCAUUGGUGCUCAACAUCACAAGUAUCCAGACCGAGAGACAGUUACUAUUCGGGCCUCGAGGAACGCCCUCGACGAUGUGUCCAGUGACUUCCUCUGGGGCUUGAAGCAGGCGAACCAUGGCGGUCGGUUGUUGUUGAAGCAGGGGGAGACCUACGUGAUUGGGAAGAAGUUAGAUUUGACAUUCUUGGAUAAUAUUGAGGUGCAGCUUGAGGGAGAAAUUCAGUUCACAAACAACAUCACCUACUGGCAAGCCAACAACUUUUACUACGACUUCCAGAAAUCCAUCACCUUCUGGCGCUGGGGUGGCCAGGACAUCAAGAUCUUCGGGAGUGGUGUGUUGAACGGCAAUGGACAGAAAUGGUAUGAUGAGUUUGCGGGGAAGCAGAUCUUGGUAUAUAACACGUUCUACCGUCCCAUUCUCUUCCUCACCGAUAAUGCAACCCGUAUCUCCGUCGAGGGCAUCACGCAGCUGAACUCGCCGUGCUGGACGAACUUUUUCGUUCGGACCAAUGAUGUCUCGUUUGAUAAUGUGUAUAUUCAUGCGUUCUCGACCAAUGCUUCAUCCGACCCCGCCAACACCGACGGUAUGGACUCUCUCGACGUCGAUGGCGUCAGCUUCACCAAUAUGCGCAUCGAUGUCGGAGAUGACUGCUUCUCGCCGAAGCCGAACACAACCAACAUUUUCGUGCAGAACAUGUGGUGCAAUAACACGCACGGGGUGAGUAUGGGUAGUAUUGGCCAGUACGCGGGCGAGAUGGAUAUCAUUGAGAACGUGUACAUUGAGAAUGUGACGUUGCUGAAUGGACAGAACGGCGCCCGCCUCAAAGCCUGGGCCGGCCAAGACGUCGGCUACGGCCGCAUCAAUAACGUCACGUACAAGAACAUCCAGAUCCAGAACACGGAUGCGCCGAUCGUGCUGGACCAGUGCUACUUUGAUAUCAACGCUACAGAGUGUGCCAAGUACCCGUCUGCUGUGAAUAUCACGAAUAUCCUGUUCGAGAAUAUCUGGGGCUCUUCCUCGGGCAAAGAUGGCAAGAUUGUAGCUGAUCUGGUGUGUUCGCCAGAUGCGGUGUGCACGAACAUUACUUUGUCGAAUGUCAACUUGACGAGCCCGAAGGGCACUGCAGAGAUUGUUUGCGAUGACAUUCAGGGAGGAAUUGGGGUGGAUUGUGUGAGUGACGAGAGUGUUACGCGGUAG